AUAAAACCACUUGUUAGCGGUGGAAAGAAAAAACAAUUGGCUCGGAGGAGACUGCAGCACGAAUCCUACAGAGAGUGCUGCCAUGGCUGCCGCCGCCGACACGCCGGAGACGGUAGAGGUGAUGCUGCGCGCCGUCGGCCCGACUCGCCCCACCACUCUACGCCUCCCUCCGCUUAUCACGGUUGCCGAUCUCCGCCGCCGCGUCGCCCAUGAUCGCCGUCUCGCAGCCCCAGAAGAGGGUCGCCUCCGCCUGAUCCUGCGAGGGAGGACUAUCCCACGCCAAGACGACGCCCGGGUCAACCUUCGCGAUGGGGAUACUCUAAUAGUGGUUGUGGCACCUAAGCCGCCUGCUAAUCAUCUCCGUGAUGACGAAGACGAUGAGGAGGAGGAAGAAGAACUGAAGUUCAAAAUACCACAGACAACAACCUUGUUUAAGAGGAAAUUUUUUAUAUUUCUUCGGGAUAAAUUGAGAUUACCUGCUUCUUCAGAUAUCUUCUUGAUGGUGCUAUUUUCUCUCAGUAUGAAAGCAUGGGUUACCAUUGCAAUGUGGUUCCUAUUGGCACCUUUUGCUCAAAAGUACGACGUUGGACCUCUAUAUAUUCUUGGUACGGGUUUCUUGAUCAUACUUUUUAAUCUUGGAAGACGACAACAAGGUGAUGUUAGUGCAUACUCCAUAUUUAAUGAAGACUUCAGGGAGCUGCCAGGAACAUUUAACGCGGAGCGCAUAGAUAGAGACAUCCGGGCUGGUCAAUUUUGAGCGCUUAUCUGGGUUACAGGGACCAUGGUAUGCUGAGAUUUGUAUAGAAGCAUAGUGGGCAUUGUCUUUCUUUGAGCCUGGAAAAUACUCUUUCAAGAGAGUGCCCUUUUAGGGCCUAGUGUCUCUCCUGUAAGCGAAAUGUCAUUACAUGUUGUCGACGGGAGAUUACCUGUGCACUUUACAGAUAUUUGAUUAUGCCAAUCCAAAAGAGCACGACGGCAGCAACAGCACCGUUGCUAUUCUCAUGCAUGUUCUUGUA